CACAAGCACAGAAGCGGAGCCUGGAGGAUCAGCAUCAAGAAGCCCCCCCUCCAGCCACCUCAUUCUCAGACAGCCCUGCCCCCUUAUUUUCCAAAGGAAGCCCAGCAAAAGCUAACAGCUGAAAGCCCCAAGAAGGUGGUAGAGGAGCCAUCAAGAGCCACCAGCAUCUUUUCUUGAAAUCCCCUCUCUUUCCAGCAGCUGCCCCUCUGCCCCCUCUGAUUUUCCCUACAAAAGGUGCUUUCUCCCCCCCCCCCGCAUUAUAACCCAGCUGGUGUAGAAUUGCUGAGAAGGGGGGGUCGCUCCACAAAUGCCUUUCUCUCUGUGUCCCUGGUUAGCUGCUGCAUCUUGUGUCAUUUAGAUUUCUGCCGACGAGGAUGGCAGUCGAACUGAACGCAAGGCAGGGACAGGUGUAAAAAAAAGGGGGGUGAGAGAAGAGAAGCUCUUGGCCCCCCCUCUCCCCUCAAAAGGCUCAGGGAAGCUCCUCUGAGAGUUUUUGGGAAGACCUGCAGCAAAAAGAGAGAGAAGAUUGCAGCCUCUGUGGGAGACACAAGGCAAAAUCAAGGUGUGACGGCGGGCCCUCCAGAUGGAGACCACGGGCCCCACCUGUCUGCUAUUCAUCCUCUUGGUGCUCCUGGAGGGGACGACCCAUGCACUCUUCCCUGAAGAGCCCGGCCCCAUCAACGUGGCCCUUGAUGACUAUGUGAAGCAGUAUGCUGUCUUCCUGGGCAACGGGGUGGGCCGGUUUUCCAGCCAAGACAGUGGUGCCGAGCGCCUCAGAAUUCAACGGAUGUUGACAUUGAACAGGACUUUGUUCAUAGGGGACAGGGAUAACUUGUACCGUGUCAGCUUGGAGCCUGCCUCAGCCGGCGAAAUGCGCUACCACCAGAAACUGACAUGGAGGUCGAAUCAGCACGACAUCAACAUCUGCCGGAUGAAAGGGAAGCACGAGGCAGAGUGCCGGAAUUUCGUCAGAGUGCUUCUCCCCCGCAACGACAACAUGCUCUUUGUCUGUGGCACCAAUGCCUUCAACCCCGUCUGUGCCAACUUUACGAUGGACACACUAGAGCCCGUUGGAGACAACAUCAGCGGGAUGGCCCGGUGUCCUUACGACCCCAAGCAUGCCAACGUUGCUCUCUUUACAGGUGGGAUGCUCUUCACUGCCACUGUGACAGAUUUCCUGGCCAUAGACGCGGUGAUUUACCGCAGCCUCGGAGAGAGCCCGACACUGCGCACUGUCAAACAUGAUUCCAAGUGGUUCAAAGAACCAUAUUUUGUCCAUGCUGUGGAGUGGAAGAGCCAUGUCUAUUUCUUCUUCCGGGAGAUUGCAAUGGAGUUUAACUACCUAGAGAAAGUGGUGGUUUCACGGGUGGCCAGAGUCUGCAAGAACGACAUGGGUGGCUCACAGCGGGUGCUGGAGAAACAGUGGACAUCCUUCCUCAAGGCCCGCCUCAACUGCUCUGUCCCGGGGGACUCGCACUUCUACUUCAACGUCAUCCAAUCGGUCACGGACAUCUUGGAGAUUGACGGGCGGCCAGUAGUCCUGGCGGUUUUUUCCACACCCUCGAACAGCAUUCCUGGCUCUGCUGUCUGUGCCUUUGACAUGGCCCAAAUCGCCUCCGUCUUUAAGGGACGGUUCCGGGAGCAGAAAUCCCCAGAAUCCAUUUGGACGCCGGUGCCAGAGGAGCUGGUACCGAAGCCGCGGCCGGGUUGUUGUGCGGCUCCCGGGAUGCGCUACAACUCCUCGAGCUUCUUUCCAGACGAAAUCCUCAAUUUUGUCAAGACUCAUCCCCUGAUGGAUGAGUCAGUGCCGUCGCUUGGCAACACUCCCUGGAUUGUCCGGACCAUGGCACGGUAUCAGCUGCGUAAGAUCGUAGUAGACACCACUGCAGGGCCUGGCAGAAACCACACCGUGGUGUUCCUGGCCUCAGACACAGGCACAGUCCUCAAGUUUCUCAUCCAUGCCAAUGUCAGCACUGGCUCCACAUCCAUCCGUUCCACCAGCCAGAGUUUGCUGUUGGAGGAGUUUGAGACUUAUCCCAGUGACAAGUGUGGCAAGGACAGUACAGGUGAACGGAAAGUCCUGGGCAUGGUAUUAGACAAAGCCACCGGGUCCUUGCUGCUGGCGUUUCCUCCCUGUGUGGUGUGGGCCCCCGUGGCCAGGUGCCACCAACAUUCCGGCUGCAUGAAAAACUGUUUAGGGAGCCGUGAUCCAUAUUGUGGCUGGACGUCUGAAGGCUCCUGUGUUUUCCUGGAACAGAGUACCAGGGUUGCAUUUGAACAAGACAUUGGCGGCGGCAAGACCUCUCACCUUGGUGACUGUGAAGGGCUGGUGACCGAAAGCUUUGUUGACGAACCGGAUGGCCUGGUCUCGGUGAACCUUCUGGUGAUUUCCUCCGUGGCCGCCUUUGUCAUCGGGGCCGUGAUUUCGGGUUUCAGCGUCUGCUGGUUCAUUGGGCACCGCGACCGGAAGGAGUUGGCUCGGCGCAAGGACAAAGAGAACAUCCUGUCUCACAGCGAGUCGGUGGUGAGCGUCAGCCGGCUGGGCGAGCGGCGCUCUCGGGGGGGACCCGGUGGGCAGCCGGAGAACUUGCUGGCCCCACUGAUGCAGAACGGGUGGCCCAAGGGGCUCAUCAAAGUGAGCCAGCAUGACCUGGAUUCGGGGGUGCUCCCCACGCCAGAGCAGACCCCCUUGCAACAGAAGCGGUGCCCCAAGCCGUGCACCUGGGAGUAUAGCCACAACCUCAUCAAUGCCUCCCUGCGCAGUGGAGACCCACCGUCCUCGGUCAUCCUUCUCCAUGCGGGCCACACCCCAGUGGCCCCCCACCACAUCAGCUCUGGCCGUGUCAUCCCCAUCUGCCACUCCAUGUUGAUGGACCAAGAACUGGAGGGGGAGUCUGGCGAUCUCUCGUUGGACAUGCGAUACCUGCCCGUCAGUGGUGGCGAGGGGCCGAGGGUGGUCCAGCAGCCACCGCUGCAACACCAGCAAGCACCACCGUCGCACCGACCCAGCGGGACUCGCAGCUCCUACAGUGGCGAGCUGCCCAUCACGCCGCACGGCAGCCCGGAUCGGCGGCGGGUGGUGUCGGCCCCGAGCGGGAAGACGGGGGAUCCUACCCAGUGGAACCCUGAAAAGCUGAACUCGAAUAGUAACAAUGCCACCAGCAAGGCAAACACACAUCUGAAAGGCACGCACACUUUCAACAGCGGAGAAGGCCAGGUGGCUUACGCCCGGGCUCAGCGGGGGCCCACGCUGGGCCCCCAGCACACCCUCACAGACUUCAGCCACCUCCUGAAAUAUGGCGGCAUUGAACGGACUCCCUCCUCUGUCAAAUAGGAGGGCCGGCCUGCGGGGCGUGGCUUGGUUUGGUGGCCUCCCUCCUUGGAAAAGGGGCGGGGUUUCACAGUGGGGAGGAAGGGCAAAUCAGGAAAAAGGACGAGGAGAGACCCUUGGUCCCACUUGAGGAGGGGGGCGGGGGAAGGACCUGCGCUCCCCUAGGAGGGAGGUGCUGCUUGCGGCAAAAACAAAACCAAGCAGGGAGCGGGGACCUCUUCUGGGUGGGUGCGUGUGCGAUUUGGAGUCGUCUUCAUCCUGGGGCUUCCUCCUCGCUGGACUCUUCCUUGACUUCUGCAAUGCUCCGCCUCCUUUCUGAGAGGUGGCGGGCGGGGGCGUUGCUCCCCCUGCGUUGGGCACAGAGACGGACGACGUCCGAGCCAGCAGGAGUUGGUCGGGAGGUUUGAGGAGGCUGCAGGGAAGGAACUGGAGGCCCCAAUGCACCUCCUCUCCCCACUCCCCCCCCCAUUCUGGAAUGGUUGGGUGUUUGGAGCAUGGUGCCAGACAACGAAAGGGAUUUUUUAAAAUAAUAAGAAUCAUAAAGUAAUCAAUGACCGGAUUUUCUUCCCAGAUUUCCAUGGAAUUUCCUCCCCCCCCUUUUGUAUGUAACACACAUACACACAGAGAGAGAGACACAGACACACACACACACCCGUGACUACUCCAAGUAGGAAUGAAUAGUUUGGAAGCGGCUGUUUCUAUUGACUGACGCCGGCAUGCCAAGGCCUGCCUGUUCCUUUUCUCUGUUUCAACGUGACUGAGGAUUUUCUCUACAGGAGACAACACGCCAAGGGUGCUAGCUGUUGGAGCAGGAAGGAAACCGCUCACCAAUGUGGCUCUUUCCAUCGUCCCCGUCAACGCAGCAGGGCCUAAGUCACUUUGGGCCCCGUUUGAAGUUCAGCUGUGGCUUUUUCUGUUGCCGAAUCCUGGGAACGAUGGGUCCCAGUGGAGAGUGGUGGCUCCGGUGUCGGUGAGGCAGUGAAUCCACUCUGGAUUUUAGCCCAAACUUUCAAGGAGCUGCCCGAGGGGGCUGAACCUAUUUGAGGGGGUGUCAGCCCCUUGGACAGCGCUUGGAAGUCUGGAGUGGAACAGGAAGAGACUGGUGGUGCAGGGAGUGGGGGAGUGACUGGGAAUGAAUCCUUCCUCCUGUGGAGAGCCGUGAGAUUUGAGAGCAAGGUCCAUAACUGGUUUGAUCGGUAGAGUUAAAGACAGGGAGGGCUAAUCCGUCGCAGCCCUAGCACAGAUCCCGGCCCUUAACUGCAAUUUCUGAACAACAUGCUGUUGCUGUGUGGGGAAUCUCUGGACUGGGUCUCUGUCUUUCCCCUACGAAGUGCCUCCUUCUGUGGUCUUAGGGUGUCCGCGAUCCCUACCAUCUAGAGAAGAGGGUUGUAGUCAGUGCGAAUCCUAUUCAGAGCAGGCCCACUGACGUUAGGGGACACAACAAACUUAGGGCUUGAUUUUGCUCAUUUGGACCUCCACUUUCGGAGGCAGUAUCUCUCUGAGGCAGGAGAGGCCGGCCGAUUUAGGUCGGAUGGGGCGCUGCCCCUCCGACCCCAGUCUGCCCUCGGCAGGCCCCAUGAGCCUGCCUUCUUGCUUACAGCCAAUAAGGGGGUAGCUCUGCCUGUCAUUGGCUCUGGCUCCGCCCACCGUUGGUCUCUCUGUUUUCCGCCCUUCCAGUCCCAACACACGACAGGCCCCUCUGCUCUGAGGACAAAACCCCUGUGUGUGGGGGCCUCCUGGAUGCCUCUGGGGCCACAUUCCACACCACACAUUUAUUCCACUUUAAACAGUCAUGGCUUCUUCCCCCAAAGGAUUCUGGGAAGUUGUAGUUGUUGAAGGGUGCUGAGAGAUGUUAGGAGAUCCCUUCACGGAACUAUCAUUCCCAGAGUGGUCUAACAACCAGUCCCUCUUCCCAGGGAACUCUGGGAAUUGUAGCUCUGUGAGGGGAAUAAGGGGGUCUCCUAACAAUUCGCAGCACCCUUCACAAACUACACUCCCAGGAUUCUUUAGGGGAAGCAAUGACCGUGUAAAGCAAAAUAACAGCGGAAUAAAUACAUGGUGUGGAUGUGGCCUGGAUUAGCCACUGAGGAGAGCAGGAUAUUGUUCUCAGGAGACCUUUGGUCGGAUCCAGCGGGGCUCUUUUUUGUGUUCUCACGUUGAGGUCCAAGGGGGAGGCUGCACAUUCUUGGUGACAGGGAUUCCCCGCGCGAAUGGGUGGCUCCUGAAGCUGUGGAUUUGGAGAGGCGUUGGGGGAUCCCGGGGAGGGUGAGGUCAGCCAUUAGGGUUACAAAAGAGAGCUCUGUGGAAAACUGGGUUGUGUUUGGGAGAACUCCAUGAUGGUCGGUUGCCCUCUGUCCUCCCUGGGGCAAUCUCUCCUCCUUACAUAGAGAGAGAUUUUUUGGGGGGGGAGAAAGCACACUGUAAAUAGAGUGUGGAAAGCAUGCGGCCUUCUGGGUAACAAGUGGGCUAGCAUGACGCAACUUCUCUCUUGACCUUUGCCCAAGCCCACCCACCCCGGUGAUUUUUCAUCUUUUAAAUAUGUGCGGGUCCUGCAUGCAACAGCAGUACAAACGUCUCUGUAUCCCUCUGGAGAAAACAAAGAUGAUC